AUGGAACCUUGGUUUGCACAUUCCCAUGGAGGGGCUCCUGCUCAGCAGCAGCUACCAAGCAGCAGCAGCAGCACCAGCAGCAGCAGCAGGAGCAGCAGCAGGAGCAGCAGCAGGAACAGCAACAGCAGCAACGGCAGCAGCAGCAGCAGCAUCACCAGCAGCACCAGCACCAGCACCAGAAGCACCAGCAGCAGCAGCACCAGCAGCAGCAGCAGCAGCAGCAGCAGCAGCAAAGGGUUCUCCUUGCCACUGCCAAUGGCGCCAACAGCCCAGCAACCGACAUACUGGGGACUUGCUGAGGGCGAGCCAGGAGGUGUACAGACACCGCAGAGGGGAGCAGCAACAGCAGCAACAAGUCCCUUCAGCAGCAGCAGCAGCAGCAGCAGCAACAAACGGUUCUCCUUGCCACUGCCAGUGGCUCCAAUAGCGGGGGUGAGCCUGGAGGUGUACAGACACCGCAGAGGGGAGCAGCAGCAGCAGCAGCAAGUCCCUUCAGCAGCAGCAGCAGCAGCAGCAGCAAACGGUUCUCCUUGCCACAGCCAAUGGCGCCAACAGUUCAGCAAGCGAUGUACUGGGGAUUUGCUGGGGGUGAGCCUGGAGGUGUACAGACACCGCAGAGGGGAGCAGCAGCAGCAGCAACAAGUCCCUUCAGUAUCACCAGCAGCAGCAGCAGCAGCAGCAGCAGCAGCAGCAGCAAACGGUUCUCCUUGCCACAGCCAAUGGCGCCAACAGUUCAGCAAGCGAUGUACUGGGGAUUUGCUGGGGGUGAGCCUGGAGGUGUACAGACACCGCAGAGGGGAGCAGCAGCAGCAGCAGCAAGUCCCUUCAGUAUCACCAGCAGCAGCAGCAGCAGCAGCAGCAGCAGCAAACUGUUCUCCUUGCCACUGCAAAUGGCUCCAACAGCUCAGCAACCGAGAUACUGGGGAUUUGCUGAGGGCGAGCCAGAAGGUGUACAUACACCGCAGAGGGGAGCAGCAGCAGCAGCAGCAGCGAACCCCUUCAGCUGGGGUAUAA